AUGGCAGGCAGGUUUCAACCGAAGGAACCAGUUCAAUUGGACCCUCCAAAAGACGAUAUUAUCACUACGGAUUAUCUUUCCAAGUGCGAUGGAACAAAUGAGGGGUACCCUAUCUAUGUAGCUAUUAAGGGCACGGUUUUCGACGUCACAAACAAGAAGGAGUCAUAUGGCCCAGGUGGGUCUUAUCACAUCUUCACUGGCAAGGACGCUUCCCGUGGGCUGGGGAAAUCUUCACUGAAACCUGAAGAUGCCAUCCCAGAUUAUUCUGGAUUGAAUGAAUCGGAGAUGGAGACUUUGGAGAAUUGGUACACGUUCUUCAGCAACAGAUAUAACAUUGUGGGCAAAGUCGGGAACUAA